CUUUCUUGAUCACAUUGCUCAGGAAGUAGCAGCGGAAUCCUCCGACAUUCCAUUAUGCGUCUCCACUUGACAAUCCAGCGCCACGGCUUGCCCGUGACGCGCAUUCUUUGGACAACGUCGCCCACCUCUGCGUUCGAUCACAAUGCGCCGCAUGGCUCGCCAAUGCUUCCCGCUGCUGCAUCUGCGAUUACUUCGACGCGUUUACCCAAUGCGCUCUAUUCCAAUGGGGGAUACACGUUCGCACAGCUGCUGGAAGAUAUCAACGAGAUCAUUCCGUUGGAGACGGAGUCGGUUCCAUUUGACGAUGAGUGCAGUGGACAGUGGGGUCUAGAAGAUUAUGUGGUGGAAGUGGGUGGCUCGGAGUGCCUGCAUUUUAUGGAGGUGGACGGCCUCCUGCGCGACGGCGAUGAGGUCUUGAUCCGUGCACUACAAAUUGAAGAUCUUCGCGCCAGGCGGCUUUCCGGUCGCCAUCAGAUUUCCGGAGAUGGCAAACAUCUCAUUGAUGGCGUUCCCUUUGGAAAGCCUUUUCUGAAAAGACCUACAUCAUCUAGACCUGCAAUCACGAUUCCGCCUAGAAAGAAACGGCGCACUACGAUCGCUGGAUGGGACUACGGGAUACGUUAUGAUGACGAUGCGGACUGGGAACCUCCCAAACGGCUUCGGUCUAACGCAGAAGUCAAUGCACCCGAGGCCAGUGGUGAUCCCGAAGAGAAAAAGUCAAAAGGCCAGGGAAUUACGUUCCAGGAUGACUUUCAGGAUUAUCAUGAACCUGACGAGGACGGCGACGGAACAGUAAUCCGGCAUCCUGUGGAUGCGGAGUCAGGGAGUGACUCUGACUUGACCGAUAUCCGGGAGGGCGAACUAGAGGAGGAGCUGAAGGCCCUUGCAGAGGACUUGGAAAUACCCCCCAUGCCCAACACGGAAGAUAAGGCCAAGCAGCGAAAAGACUCUGUGGGCCAAUCUCUCCGCGUCAAGUCCGGGAUCCCCUCGGUAACAUCAAAAAAAGGUGCACCAAAGGAUGUUCAACGUGCCUCAACCCCAGCUGACUCAGAGACUGGUGCAAAGAGGGUUGAGUUGAAUGAAGAGUCGGUGUUGCAGGCCCCGAAGCCUCAAAACACACCUCCAAGCAAGGCGAAAUCCCCCUUCAUGAGUUCGGCUGGUUCGGUUUCUGAGAUCAGCAACAAAAGCACAUCUGCGUCCGAAUCUAGUGAUAUCAAUGACUCCACCUCGGAUGAAGACUCGUCUUCCGACUCUGAUCGUUCGGUUUCGGACUCAGAUGGCUCAGAUGACUCGAGUGAGUCAGAUGACUCGGAUGAUGAGUCCUUGUCAGAGUCUGAUGAUUCCAGCGCAUCAGAAUCAGAGGCUGAUGAAGCUUCUGAUUCAGAUACCAGCGUUGAUGCGCCUGUCAAGAAUGCCCCACCCGGGGCAGGAUCGUUGAGGACGAAAAAAAGUAAUCAACGGAAUAAGAUGCGCCGACGAUUGGCAAAGCUCAAGGAGCUUGGCGCUCUACCUGCACAAGCUGAUUUCGCAGCUCUGCGGGAGUGGGAAAAUGUGCAUGGGCGCGAGUACUACAUUCCUGGAUUCAACGCUGAGCCCAAAGCUGGAGUUCAACCUAGAAAUGAAGCUGAGAUCGACGCUAAGGUGCUAAAUGAUAAGAAAGAGCGAGAGCGCGCAGAAUUUGAAGCAAGGCGGCAGAAGCUGCUCCGCGACUUGGCAGCUGGCGGCGUCGAUGUGUCAGUCACUUUAGAGAAGGAGAAUGUGUCACCCUAUGGUGAGAACACACAAAGGAGACGCUCCGAGAGGAAUGUUCUCGAGAAUGGUUUCAAAGGCACCGACUCAUCUAAACGGCUCAUCCAAGAUGUUUCUAGUACUCGGCGAAUGCUUUCCGGCACUCUCGGGGUGAGAAAUCCUCUCAACAAGGAAGAUGAAGACGCGACUCGAAAGAGACUUGCUGGAAAGGUCAACCAUAUUCCUCCUCGCAAGUCUGUAAGCCAAGACGCGGAGGAUGGUCACGAAAGUGACGUUGAACAGAAUUGGGAAGAGAAGUUGACCAUCAGAGCCACCGAGUGUAUCUAUGAUGACAUAAAGCUGACCGCUCCGCCUUUCCCGUUCGAGCAGCGCUGGGAUCAAGAUGCUGGCGUUAUCAUCAGGCAGCGGAAAGGCCGAGGCAAGAAAAGGAAGCGGCGCCAGCAACUUCAAGUCUAUGAUGCUGGGGAGGAGGACUAUGGUAACUGGGAGGAUAGUUACUUUGAUGGAGACGAUCAACUCAACUACGACGAUACCGAGCAGCCCAAUGAAGAGUACAAAGUACGAAAUGAAGCUGAGGAGACAGCUGAGGAUCUGCCUCUGUUGCCCGCGAAUUCCUACACACUCCCAGUCCUCUGCGAAAAUCAUCUACAGCGGGCCUCUAUCAUCGCUUUCAAGCAACUCGAUCUGUCUAAAGCCACGAACUGGCAACCCACUGUGUCUGAUUAUCGGGUCGCUGAGAUACACGACGUCUACGAGGACAACAUCCUCAAGAUCAGGCUCGCAAAACGUGACAGAAGACAAGUCGCCGAUGUCGGCCCGGAUAGAGCUGGGGAUGGUAAGCCAUAUUACAGCGGAUUCGAAAUGCCUGGUCUCGAAGAUGAUGAGGCCGAGGACGAUGGCUUCCGAGAGCUUUCUUUUGCAGACUUGAUUGAAUCCAAGCUUCUCCGAGCUGCGCCCACUGCAGGUCCUGGAGAUGCUGAGAAACCCAGCAUCUCCCUCGCAGCAGAGGAGUCCAGCGUGUUGAAGAUCACCAGCACGGCUCAAUUUGAAGUCGCGGCCGCGCGACUUGGCGAUGAAGAUAGUCAGCGACGAGCCCCCAAUGCGGGAAGUAAGUCGGCUGACUCGGGACAUUAUAAACCUUCCCUCCAGCAGACCAUAAGCUCUGUGGAAAGUCUUGCAGGCGAUUCCAGCCCCGUUCAGUCCCCCACCUUUCUCGGUUUCCAAUCCUCUAAUCUCGCUCCCUCGCCUCAUCGCCCAGAAAAGGCCAUGGACUCGGCAUCCAACCUCAUCGCCGAUGCCGAACCAACCCCCCAUGGCGGUGCUGACCGUCAGCCCGAUCUGCCUCUGCCUCCGAUCAAGGACCACCCCGGCACUCUGCAGUCCCCGCAGGCGGCUGAAGAUGUUAACCCCGUUCUCACAGCAGAUGGUUCUAAUGGCGAUCUUCAGAUGACUAGUAGCCCGCUCAGUAUGUUAUCCUUCGAUCAGCUGAUGGAACGGUACUUUCCGGUCAAGCGGGAGGAAGAUGUUUCUUCUCCCUCUAAUCAGCAAGUCCAGGGCGAAAAUCAUCGGCCGUCGUCGCCGUCGUCGACAAGCUCAAUGGUACCGAAUCCGUUCUUUGAGUCGGACAGAGCUCGAGGGGAAGGUCAAGCUGAAUUCUCGUCACAGCUAUCGGAGGGCGCCGGGGUCGCUGCCGGUUAUACUUCAAUGGAUCUCCAAUCUCUGGGUGGAUCUCCUUCUACGCCACCGUCAGGCCAACGAUCCAGACGGCAGAAAUCGAAGUCCCAGAACGCCGAGGAAUCUUCCCUGAUCAGUGUCGUUCCUGAAAGCAUGAUUCCACCGAUAAUGGCACAGCCUAGGCCCCCUGUAACACCAGGGACUGGACCCAUUGUGGUAGAUUUGACACAGUCCAGCCCCCCGGUAUCGCCGGGCGGCAGUGACAAUGAUUUUGGUCAAUCGCAGCGACUGCCCCGGGGACCUGGGUGGGUGCAAAAGCACGUACCCCCCAUCCAACGCCGUACCCGGCAGUCACUAGCCCGGCAGCGUGGGCAGUCGCAGCAGGAACUCAAACUGGAGUCAAACUCACAACCACCACCACGUCGGAGACGAUGA